UGUUUUGGGGUUUUUCAGAGCACGUGGAGGCAUAGUGUAGCUUUCCAUGCUCAGUCUGCGGGCGUACAUGCAGCUCUCCUCGUCUGUGGAGUGUCAUUAGCGCAUAGAGUUGAGAGAUGUCAGCGGGAGGCCAGGCCACCAGGAGCCGGGAUAUCCCAGCCGUCAGGCGGGUCGCUAUCCACGACGCUGCGCAUUUGCCCAACGACUACUCCACGACCCCGGGAGGAACUCUGUUCAGCACCACGCCUGGAGGUACCAGAAUCAUCUACGACAGGAAGUUCCUCCUGCAGUGUCGGACAUCUCCCCUGACUCGCACGCCUCCCAACCUGCCUGACAUCCCAGGCGUCACCCGGCCACUCAAGCCCAAUGCCUCCAGCGAUACAAACCAGCCCGAUCAGUCGCUCAGCAACAACACGGAGCACAGCGUGCAUGCAGAGGAGAGCGCAGGUGAUGAUGCCCAGUUUGAGAUGGACAUCUAAAGCGGGUCAGCUUUAAGGAUUAAAGCAACAUAGUUUAUAGUUUUUGUUUACCAGUAUUAAAAAAGCAUAUCUUUUAAAGUCUAAGGAGCUUGGAAAGAAAAUAUCUUUUAAAACAAUGAGCCUUUUUUGUGUGUAAUCUGUGUUCAGAAUUGCUCUGAAAACUUUUUGUAAUGCCUCUCCUGUUCAAGUGUGCAUGAACAGUUUCUUCUUUUCUUUGU